AUUCUCUCUCCUCUGCACAAACCUCAACCACACAGUUUUUACUUUAUUAAUCCCCGUGCCAGUCAAACUUGGCAAAGUUAUUAGGGACGGAGGGAGUAUAAUAUUAUGCAGCCUAAAUAAAAAAGUGGCUCCUACUACCUCUGCUAGCGCGUCUACAUGACUACAUCAGGAAGGGAAGAGCCUCAAUCGACCCCUACUCUUCUUUUAAACUAAGUUUUCACAAUUGAAGAUGGAUAGAUGUCGUGCUUUCAAGUGUGGCGGCGAUGAGAAUGGAGGACUUCGAAGAAGUAGAGGAAGCUCUGGGACGAUCUGCGCGCCUCGUUUUCCAGAUCUGGACGGCGGCACACGGAUCUGCACGGCUCGUUUGGCAUGCUCUGGGACGGCGACUUUGCCAGGCCGGAGUUCUGGAUCAGUGACUUUGCUUGUUCGGUGGUGGGUUUCUCUGGCCGGAGUUCUCUGGAAGGAGGCGGCGCUGGACAGUGGGAGGCAAUCAAACGGCUGGGCGGCUGCGUGGUUGGACGUAGGAGAUUGUGGCUAGGGUUGAUGAAAAUGGGAAGGAGGUUAUGGUUUUAUAGAUAUAACAGAAAGGGUAUAUUUGUCCAUAAAAAUUAUUUAUUAUUUAUUAAUUACGAAUUUUAAUUAAAUCCUCUCCUUAAUAGCACUACAACACCAAAACAUAAAAUCCCGCCUAAACCAUUCUCACUUGACAUCCGUUCGAUUCGUACUUAUACAAAUCAACGGUUCAUGAGUAUUCUUCUCUUCUGAUGUGAUCCCUGGAACCCUUGGUACGCACACCGAUCGACCGCUUUUCGCUUCCAAUUCAACUGAUUUUCGUUUUCUUCCUUCCAAAUCAACGAUGUCGAGGUAUCCAUGCCUUGGAUAGGUGUCUCUCACGAACCAGGUAAAUACUGAAUAUAUUUUAUUUUUUCAAUUUUAAACAUUUUCGCAUUUGUCGAUUACCCCUUUGCUUCUGUUCUUUUCCGUCACUUAGCAGUGUUCAUCGUAACUUUUGGUAUUAGUGAAAAAGAUCGAAGCCAAAUUGCAUUUGAUGAAAUUGUGUUUAACCCUCUUUCUGAAUCACUACAUAGAUUUUGUUCAAACACUCACAUCAACGACUUCAAUCUAAUUCCACCUUAUAAUUCUUUCAAUUUCCUUCAAAUCUAUUGUUUAAUCACCUCUAAUUUCAUAAUUUAUAAUUCUUUUUCCUGAGAAUCAACACUGCCAAACUAUAUCUCAGCUCUUCUGUAUCCACAAGCCAUGUGUAUGAAAUGACAUAUUGCAUUUGUGCAAAUUUUGUUUUGCAAACUUGAAAUUUGAGAAUGAAUGGUUGUAAAUGUUUUGAUAGCAACAUGUUUGUUAUAAUUCCUCAAUGAAAUAUGUCUUCCUAUGAUGCCUAAUUUUCUAUGAUUUUAGAAGUAAUGCAUAUUGAUUGAUUGUUGUCUGCAUAAAUUAAUAAGAUGAUGCACAAGGGAGAAGAUACAUCUUAUUUUGCUUACUCAUUUGUUAAGGAAAUGAUAUAAAUAUGUACACACACAUUAUCCGAAACACAUCUAAUUUGUUGUUAUAGUUAGAAUAAGCAUAUCAACUUCUCAAUUAAAAAUCAUUAUUAUUGAAGUGUAAAUCUGCAUCUAUGUAUCAAUUAGAUCCAAAUGUGUUGAAAUAGGCAAAAAAAUGGUAACGGAGCCUCUUGCUUUGUGUAAACCGAUUCAACUAUGACAACCUAGAGAAGAGCUCACAAAUGGCUACUGUUGAGAUUUGAACCACCUCAAUGGCUUCAAUUUUCAAUUUCAAGUUCAGUUGACAAGAGUUAAGCAAAAAGAAAAGAACAAGUGAUGCCUGAAUCUGGAAGGGCAAACUGUACUUGCAUAUUAUUUCGAAUGUUCAAACUCAUGGGAUAGAAACUCCAAAUUCAACAGCACACCGUCUGAAAUCGGAAGUAGUGGUUGUUGUUGGUGGGAAGGGCUCAACACAAGGUGAAGGAUAAAUUGAUUGAGAGAUGGUGAUGAACUCAAUACAGAGAGAUCAUUACUGGGAUGAACUUCACCUUUGUCAUCUCUGGCCCGAUUACUUCAUCCUGGUGGCUACUUUCUCAUUUCUGGCCCUCAUGUGCAGUGGCCUAAAGAAGAUAAGCAGUGGGCAGAGUUCAAGCUGUUGCCAGAUCAAUGUGUUAUGAACAGGUUGUUGUGGAAGAAAACACUUAGAAAAAGACCAAUGGUGGGUAUGCAUAUUUUCCCAACCACAAUGAAUUUGGGAUCAAAGUAUGUGAACCUGAUGAUCCUCAAAGUGUUGCAUGGUGAUAACAUCUUCGAUCAAUUCAUUGCUUUAAAAAAUGACAAUAUGUAGUAAUAACAAUAUUAGCAAUAUAGUAAGUCAUAAUUGUAAAGAGAAAAGGAAAUCAACUUGAGAUAUACGUAGUAUUUGGUAAGUUUGUUUAUCAUUAACAACAUUCUUACCUUUCUUCAAAUAAAUAAAAAUAUGGGUCUUCUUCAUGUAGUUGUUGAACAUGAG